GGUGAAGAACACGUCGCCAUGGCGUCUCGGUUUGUUGUGCAAGCAGCCAAGAGGUCCUCAUCAUGCUUGAAGCUAGUUCGCAGCUCCCCCACAUCAUUCGCUGCCAUUCGCCGUCCCUUCUCAGCAGCUGCUGGGGGAGUGGAUUUCACGAGCGUCACAAACUCGUUGGACACAUUUGAUCCGCGAAAGUUCCUCACUUCAGCUGGCGACGUUGACCCCCACAAACUCGAGAACCUCAAGCGCGCAUUGAUCUACAGGUCGAGACAGACGGGAUGGCUGGAGACAGACCUCAUCAUGGGACGAUGGGCUGAAGCGAACGUCGAGAAGCUCACUGAUGCAGAGAUCAAAGAAUACUGCAAGAUCGUGCAGUGUGAGAUUAUUGACAUCUUCCAAUGGAUUGUUGGCCAGAAGCCUGU